UGAGCUGAUGCGGUCUUAAAUUCAGGUAGUGAGCGAUGCAGUCAGUGAAGUUACUGUUACGUAUGUAGUGAGGUGCGUUGGUUCAUAUCAAGUCUGGUGCGGUAUAUCUGAAACGGAAGAACAUCUGUAGAGCGCAGUUCCUCGGAUACACAUGUUUCCUUAUCGGUGCAGCUAGAGUGAACCAGAUAGUGCUACUGUAAAUUAGGCUACGUGCACUAAGAAAAAGUAGAGGCCUAAACAUGCCGUCGCAGAGCAGUUCCUUCAUGAAGGGCAUGAUUCUCGGGGCACUCUUCUGCGUGUUCUUGUCCCUUUUGGAGAGCCUGAGCCCGGGGUCGAGCACUGAGCUUCAUCAGCACCACCAUGUCAGGGCCCCCAGCAAGGUGGACCUGCAGGGACUCUCAGAGGCCAAGAAGCUAGAGCUAAGUCAGAAGAUGCAGGUGUACUGCGCCAUCAUGGUGCAGCCCAAGAUCCUUGCGUUCUGGGCCACCGCCAAUAACACCUGGGCCAAGCACUGCGACAAGGCUGUGUUCUACACCUCCGAGCCGGACAAGGCCCUGGAGGCCGUGGACCUGCACGAGAAGGACGAGUGGCUCAGGGUACGCAAGGCCCUGAUACACACUUUUCAGAAUGCCGGGGAAAUGCGCUGGUUCUUCUUGGCGAAGGCCACCACCUUUGCCAUCAUCGAGAACCUCAAGCUCCUCCUUCUGGACAAGGACUCCAGCCAGCCCUUCUACUUGGGCCGCGCAGUAAAGUCCGGCCAGCUGGAGUACAUCGAAUACAACAGCGGUGUCGUGCUGAGCUACCAGGCCCUGCGGCAACUGGUGCUGGCUUUCCAGGACCCUCUCAAGUGUCCGGAGCAGGGCCACAGCCUGUGGAAGCUGAGCCUCGAGAAGGAGCUAGCGCUCUGCCUGAAGUACGGGGGGGUGUUCGCUGAGAAUGGGGAGGACUUCCAAGGCAAGAUGCUCUUCAACAGUAAGAACAUCAAUGGCCUCAUCUCUGACAGCCGGGCCAAAAACCCUACGAACGUGGUGGAGGGCUGCUGCUCUGACAUGGCCAUCACCUUCACCGGCAUGUCACCCUCUCAGAUGCAAGUCAUGAUGUUCGGUGUUUACAGACUGCGGCCCUAUGGACACAUAUUCCAUGACUCUUUGAUAUUCAUGCCUCCUGAGGGUUCGGAUAACGAUUGAAGUCUUAAUUCUCAUACAUGGAUUUUGUGAGUAUUUCCAUUAAAUCCAAAUAGGUAUCAAUCUUAAGCACCAUAUAUAUAUAUUAUGUGUGUUUGUGUGUGUAUGCAAAAAAAAAAACAUAUAUAUGAAAAUACAAACCAAAGUAACUACUGAGUGAGCCACUCCACUACUAGUGACUACAAAGUCACUACAAAGCAACUUGAAUUUAUUUUUCAGUACUUUUUUGUGGUUUUUUGCCCUGUUUUCACUAUCAUAUGUUACCUACUUCAAAAAACUAUUGUCUACAGUGGGAUGGACAAGGAACACAGCCCAAGCCUUUUUUGUUAUUUGUUCAUGAAUAACCUUUUGGUUCCCGGAUUUAAAGUUCCUUUAUGCUCUUGUGCUUUGACAAUAAAUGCUUCUGAAAGAUACUGAAAGAUAAACACACCUGUACUUUUAACUGUCUCUGCUCAGUUAACCAUCUUUGUUUGCUGAUUUCAUAAAAUAUGAUGUAGAGUUCCUUGGUGAAUGCACAAUGCCUUCACAGAGUAGUAAACACAAUUUUCUCAGUGCCAGGUGAGAGAAGUAUAUUGGAUUUAAUCUGAGUUAAAAUCAUAUCUAACACUUCUUGGUACAAAGUACUUAAAAACAAACAAUCAACUCAACUAACACAGGAUGGGUAAUGUUUAAGAAAACUACAUCCAAAGUAAUUGUUUGACUGUUGUAUAUCAUUAAUUAUCACUGUAGAAAAUGUUUAUAUGCAGAAGGUUUUCUGUUAUUAAUUUUUUAAAUUAAAUUUCUGUUGUAUUAUGCAUAAAAGUAUAUUGUCAAAACAUAAGGUAAGACAUUUAAGACAUGAAGUGAACAGAGUUCACCAAGGUACAGUAGUACUUUAAGGGACAAAUUGAGAUAAUAUGAAAAAUUCAAACCCCAGAGUUUCGUGGCCUGCUGGUUUUGGGUUUUAAAUUAACAUCCAUAACAAAUUCAGACCCAACAAACCACAUUUGGUGAAUUAACUGUGCAAACAACAGUUUUAAUUUAUCAGUCAAGUACGAAUAAACACAGUAAAUAAGGUACUGCCAGCUUAAUUCUAGGGAAAAACCCAUUCAGAUUUUCCUCCUGAGAGAAGGAUGGUACUUCCUGUGGGAUGGAACUGCCUACACCUGGGCCAGUACCAUCCUUCUCUCAGCAUACAGAGGUUCAAGUGUUCAGGUAAAAUGUGAAUGGGUUUUUCCCUAGAAUGACCUGGCAGUUCCUUAUUUACCUGCAGAUGUGUUGUAAUGUAUGUAGUCUAAAGAUGAGAACUGGACAAAUACAUUUAAUGCCAUAAAUUAUAACCAUAGUCAUAUCUUGUAAUAUUGACUUUUGGCACGUUAUCAUUUCAUAAUCAUUAUGUCAUUUUCUUAAUAGUUAUAAUCACAGUCCUCAUCCCUUAAAUACUGAAGAAAUUUCCACCCCAAGUUGUUUCCAGGGAGAUGAAGGUUUUCAGUCACAUGGAUGUAUGAGGUCAAUGUGCAACUGAUAUCUAUGUGUAUGUUAUUGUUACUCAGAAGUUGAAAGUUUGGUUUGUAUUUAUGCAAUGUAUUAUUAUUAUUUCCAUUUAGCAGACCAUCUUAUCCACGGUGACAUAUACAGCUUUUGUAUGUUUACAAAGUAUUUUAUACAGCUUUAUAUACACCAAACCAAUUCAGGUUAUGUACCUUGCUCAAGGGAACAAUGGCAGUGUCCAUCCCGGGACUUGAACCUGCUAUCUUUUUGUUACAAGCCCAGUUCCCAAACCAUUAUAGGACACUAUCUGCCUGUUAUCUUGACAUUGAUGCUGCUCCUACAUGUUGGCCAGAUUUAAAAAUAUUUUCAUGGCACAGCAGUGUAUCUACUUGAAUAGUACUGAAGAUCGGUUUCUGUAUCAAAUGAAUACUAAUGUUUCAUUUUUACCAAUCAUGUUGCUACUGAUAUAAUUAUUGUUUAAUUAGUUUUUUUACUAGUUGUGUUAAUGCUCAAAUGUGUUUUCUGAUAAAUUAGGAUAUUUAAAGAUUAAAAUGUCCUUAAAAAACUAGAAAUUAAUCAAUAUGCACCUUGUAUAGCAAUAAAAGUAUGUUUGAGAGAGAAUUGUACAUUUUUGGAAGAAAUAUAUUUUGAGUAAUUUAUUGUAUAGAAUGAAAUGGUAAUGCAUCUCUGUGUAAUAUGUUUUGUAUGAUUUGAGGUACUGUCGGAUUUGAUAUUAAAAUAAUAUGAUACAA